GCACCACCUUGCCUGUAUCCGAAGACACACCCAACAAGAGGCGCCGCUUUUUGCUCUCGUCAGCUUGCGAACCUACGAAGGAAUCAAGCGGGGGCAGUUAAUUGGAGGGAGCCUGCUCAGUCGGCAUUAGUUUCGGAAGGUUCAGCAACAUAAAAACAGCUCGCGCAAGCUCAGCGAUACCGCAACAGCCAUGAGUAACGCACAGAACCGCGGGGGCGCGCGAAAGAUCUCGUUCAAUGUUAGCGAGCAGUAUGACAUUCAAGAUGUCGUCGGCGAGGGCGCCUAUGGAGUCGUGUGCUCCGCUGUCCACAAGCCUUCCGGGCAGAAGGUCGCCAUCAAGAAGAUCACACCCUUCGAUCACUCCAUGUUCUGCCUGCGGACGCUGCGCGAAAUGAAGCUGCUGCGCUACUUCAACCACGAGAACAUCAUCUCGAUCCUCGACAUCCAGAAGCCCCGGAGCUACGAAACCUUCAACGAGGUUUACCUAAUCCAGGAACUCAUGGAAACCGACAUGCAUCGCGUCAUCCGUACCCAAGAACUGUCAGAUGACCACUGCCAAUACUUCAUCUACCAGACGUUGCGCGCCCUCAAGGCGAUGCACUCGGCGAACGUGCUCCACCGAGACUUGAAGCCAUCCAACUUGCUUCUCAAUGCCAACUGCGACCUGAAGGUUUGCGACUUCGGUCUAGCGCGGUCCGCCGCGUCACAGGAAGACAACUCGGGUUUCAUGACGGAAUACGUGGCCACCCGUUGGUACCGUGCUCCUGAGAUCAUGUUGACAUUCAAGGAGUACACCAAGGCGAUCGACGUCUGGUCAGUGGGUUGCAUUCUGGCCGAAAUGCUCAGCGGGAAGCCUCUAUUCCCUGGCAAGGACUAUCACCACCAGCUCACGUUGAUUCUGGACGUUCUGGGAACCCCGACGAUGGAGGAUUACUACGGGAUCAAGUCCCGCCGUGCGCGCGAGUACAUCCGGUCGCUGCCUUUCAAGAAGAAGGUGCCUUUCCGGACGCUGUUCGAGGGCACGACGGACCUGGCGCUUGAUCUGCUAGAAAAGCUGCUCGCGUUCAACCCCGUCAAACGCAUCACGGUAGAGGAGGCGCUUAAGCACCCCUACCUUGAGCCCUACCACGACCCGGAUGAUGAGCCGACCGCGCCGCCCAUCCCCGAGGAGUUCUUUGACUUUGACAAGCAUAAGGAUAACCUCAGCAAGGAGCAGCUAAAGCAAUUGAUUUUCCAGGAGAUCAUGAGGUAGUGGGUUGAUGUGGCAUGGGGCUAGGUCCUCGCUUGCUCCUUUUCUGAUUUGGGGUUGGCAACGUGUAGGAGAUAAAGAUGUGGGCGGGCAAACGGGUGCACAUUGGCUGCCAUGUUGAGUAUUUGGGGCCUGGUCGAAUGGCCUGACCCGACAGGUAGCGGUGACACUUCUCUUGCGUGGAUUUAUUCCUCAUAUUUCGGGG